GUGUUCAUCAGUACAGUUACUGUACAAGAUUGGCACUGCUGUGUUUGUGUUCUAUUCACCUAAUAGUAAUAGCUCCAGGUCUUUCAUUUGCACAGCAUUCUGUUCGGUGCUUGUUAUUUUGGAAUCAGGUGGGGGAGGCUUGUCAGAGAACGGUGCAACAAGUUCGAUCAGCAGGGUUCUGCAGACCAGGUCCCCGGUGACAGGUUUUAAAUAACAUUUACUCUGAUAACUGGAAACUCGCGUGGGUCAUUCCACGCGGCGUUUUACAUUUGGAAUUGGAUCUUUUUUUUUUUCUUAAACAUAGUUUUGUUAAUUUAUAUUUCCAACGCGUAAAUGUCGUGUCUGGCAAAAUCUAAUAUUUAUCAGUUGGCCUGUUGAAAAAAAAAAACAACGGUGUUUUAUGUUAAGUAUUUCAAAUUUGGUGCUAUAUUAUUGAAAUAUAACAUGACGGCAGCAGCUAAAAAAGACGACCCAAGACGUAGUGAAGAUAUGGAGAGUAAAGCUGGUUCAAAUGCACAGCGCUGCUGCAGCAGGACUUUCCCCAAUGUCCUGUCAUGUAUGUUUUCUCUUCUGUGUGUAGCAUACUGUAUACUUCUCAGUGUAAGAACCUCAGAGUUCCAAGAUAGGGUUUACGCGUUAGAAACUGGACAAGGAGAGUUGUACGACCACCAUCGAGCGCCAGCCUUUUCAGUGGAUCAGCUCAAUUCUAUGGUGCAAGAAAGAGUGGAUGAACUUCUGGCGCAGAGAUCAUACGAACAUUUGGCAAAAAUCAGGAUUGCACGCGAAGCGCCGCCUGAAUGCAGUUGUCCAGCAGGCCCUCCAGGAAAGCGAGGAAGAAGAGGCAGAAAUGGCGAAUCAGGACCACCUGGCCCUCCCGGUCCAAAAGGUGACAAGGGGGAUCAAGGUGACCAAGGUCCACGGAUGGUCUUCCCUAAAAUCAAUCAUGGGUUUCUUUCUGCUGAUCAGCAGCUCAUAAAACGGCGUCUCAUUAAGGGAGAUCAAGGUCAGGCUGGCCCUCCUGGCCCUCCAGGGCCCCCAGGACCACCGGGCCCCCGUGGCCCCCCAGGAGACACAGGGAAGGAUGGACCCAGGGGUGUGCCAGGCCUGCCAGGAGAACCAGGAAACUCAGGAGAAGUGGGACCAAUGGGACCUGAGGGGCCUCCAGGACAAAAGGGCUCUGUUGGAUCUCCUGGGAAUGCAGGUGUGGACGGCAACAAGGGAGAACCAGGUUUGCCAGGGAUAGACGGAACACCUGGAAUCAAGGGUGAAAUAGGAGAAUGGGGUGAAAAGGGCAACUCUGGGGAGCCUGGCCAGAAAGGGGACAUGGGCGCAAAGGGUGAAUCUGGCUCAUCUGCAGCUGGGAUAAAGGGUGAACCAGGAGAAACCGGACGUUCAGCGCAAAAGGGUGAACCAGGUCUUCCUGGGCUUCCUGGACUUCCAGGGAUCAAGGGCGAGACAGGUGUUAUGGGUCCUCAGGGAGAGCCUGGGUUACCAGGUUUACCAGGAACAAAGGGAGAAAGGGGGAAUUCUGGCCCACCUGGGAAAGGGGAGCGUGGAGAAGGUGGUCCUCAGGGCUCAAAGGGGGUUCCUGGGGAGGCUGGAGCCACAGGCCCCAAAGGGUCAAAGGGUGAUUCUGGAGAGACAGGUGAAUUAGGAGCCAUGGGGCCCAGGGGUCCACCAGGGCAAAAGGGUGACCAAGGAACCACUGAGAUAAUUGACUAUAAUGGAAACAUCCACGAAGCACUGCAGAGGAUUACCACUCUAACAGUCACGGGUCCCCCAGGACCACCAGGACAGCAAGGAAUAAAGGGAGAGACAGGAGCCCAAGGGAAUCCUGGGCUGGAUGGCGAGCAGGGUCCCAAAGGUUCAAAAGGUGACAUGGGUAUCCCGGGCAUGUCAGGAGAGAAAGGAGAAAUAGGUCUACCUGGAUUGCCAGGCGCCAAUGGCAUGAAAGCAGAAAAGGGAGAUUCUGGUUUACCUGGUCCUCAAGGUCAAUCUCUUAUUGGUCCUCCUGGAGCUCCUGGCCCCCAUGGCUUACCAGGCCCAAUGGGACCUAAUGGCUUCCCUGGACCCAAGGGUAUGGACGGUCCAGUAGGUCCUUCAGGCCCAGCUGGCCCAAAAGGUGACAGAGGUGAAAGGGGACCAGCUGGUGAACCUGGGCCAAGAGGACCAUAUGGAUUACCUGGCACAGAUGGGUCUCCUGGAUUGGAUGGAUUACCAGGCCUGAAGGCAGAGAAAGGAGAUCCUGGUGAAAGGGGAGAAAAGGGGGAAAGGGGAAAGAAGGCCAAAAAAGGGCCUAAAGGGGAGAAAGGAGAACAGGGUGCCCCUGGAUUAGAUGCACCUUGCCCAUUGGUAUGUCAGCUAUGCUCUAAAAACUCAUCUCACCAAAACCAAUGGAGCCAAAGAGGGGAGCAAGUCACUGCCUGAACUGAUUUAGAAUACGCCCCUCUUUAAUCCAGCCUUUUUGGGGGUAUUUGUCUGCAGUCAAAAGCAAAACACAAUCCUUAGUAAUAUAACCUGCAAUUUCCUCUGUUCCGUUAAAUUCCAGUACUAUAUGUCUUCUUAGAUGCAUUUCAAUACUAUAAAAAAUCAUUAACACUUUAAAUUACUCCCACAAAAAUUGAAGUUUGACCAGAUGUUGGGAUUUAAUUUUGCUCUUGCUCACUAGAAGGGCUGAUGUCUAAAUCAGUGAUGCCAGGGAUUGCUCAUCCACAUGCUGUGUUGCUGCCCAGUUGAAGGGCCAGAUUAUGCCUCUCUCCGUAACAAUGCCAGUUACUUUUUACAAACAGGGAUUCCGGGGAUUUAAGGGUGAAAAGGGGGAGCCAGGUCAGCCUGGCCUGGAUGGGCUGGAUGCCCCGUGCCAAUUGGGUCCAGAUGGACUACCAAUGCCUGGAUGCUGGCAGAAGUGAUGAGUCUAACCCAAGCAUGGAGUUUGUACAUAAUGCUUCAUUUUUUUUUUUUUUUGUAUUUAUAGUUUUGUAAAUGUAAAAUAUAAAAAUAUAAAUAUAAAUAAAAGAACACUGAAUAAAUGUUUACAUGUAGCUGAUUCAACUCAUCUACAGUAACAAAAUGUGUACCAUCACAUCAGCAUUAUGACUUUGUAACUAAGAGGAAGAAAUUGCAGGCCUGUGUCAAACACAGGGAUCAACCUUGUGCUUGCUUUUUGCAUGGACAGAAGCCAAGCAACAGUAAGAAAUUGUGACCAAAAUGGACUAAAACCCAUUGAAAUCUUUGGAAUGUACUGUACUUGCUGUCACUGGAUAUUACUUUUGCUUCUGUGUUCAUCUCAAGUCUGUCAUCCAUUCAUGCCAUCAUACAAACUCUAAAGACUAAAAACAAAGAAAGAAAAAAUCAGCAUGAAUAAUGUGCCAAAAAAAUGUUAUUGCUUGUGGUGAUUUAUGGCUUCAAACACUAACUGGCUGUUGGGUCGUUGCAACUUUUUUAAAACACAGAUCCCUGAAUUGAUUUUCUUUUGUCAUCUUCCAAAGGGAGUCACGCCAUGGUUGGUGGCUUGAAAAGAUAUGAUCCCAGAUUUUCAGCAAUUUAAGCCUGCAGUUCUUCAACUCCAGUUGUGUGGGCCAUGUGCCCACAUCUGCAUUUCUUCCUUUGUGCAUGCCUAGCAGUCAAGAUGACGCAACAAGCAGCAUUUGUUAUUUCGGCAAGGCUACAAUAUGGGUGCUGACCCUACAGUAUGGCUCAGCAAGGAUUGAUUUAGAUUCGAGGAUUUGGAAGAGCAUCGGCAGUACUGAGGUGGAAGGUCCUCAAUGGAUUCACAAUGCUUAAGUUUGACCAUGGAUUUCACGAAUCACAGACCAAAAGAAGGAUUUUGCUGUCACUUGUGAGGCAACUGUUGGGUUUUGACGAGAGAAAUGGAAACAAGUAGUGUUUGACAAGCUUCUAUGAGGAACAAAAGGGGUGGUCCUACUGCCUUUUAGGAGUGAGGGGUGAACUGUUAAAAUGACAGGGCCUUAUAGAAAGGGUUAUCAUAGGAUUGCAUUGAUGCAUUUUUUUUUAUUCAUGAUGCAUAAUAGCCUAUUGUGCCUCAAGGACUCUUAACUCUUAUUUUCUUAUAAGCAUACAGCAAACUUCAAAAACAUUAUUUAUGUUUGAGGAAUGGUACUUUUUUAUUGUAUAACAUGUUGCAGUAUUUCACCAUCUAACAUUACUGUAUUUUGUCCUUAAAAGAAUAAAAAAUAAAAAUUACUCAUAUUAUUUCAAGCUUUCUGCGAGGAACUAAAAGGAAAUUGAUGUUAGUGGCUACCAAAACAUGGUGUUUGCUGCAGCUUUGGCUCUCUUUACAAGAAGAUUGGACUGAAUGGACAAAAAAGGACAAAAAAACAGAUGCUGCUAGAAUUGAUUUAACAGGCUGCUGCUCUAAGACUUAGGAUGAAUGAGCAGAAAUGUUACAGUAUCGUAGGCUUAACAACUGAUAUUUUUUUCAGUUUACACAUUUAUUAGCCUGUAUCAAACCUUCUUCGAAUGACCACUCAAUAGACCACAGAAAAGUGGUCUUAAUACACAGGUAGGCUAGCUUUAUAUCCAGGUGAUUCAACAUAUGAAUUCACUAUAGACAGAUGGUCUUAAGAAUAGGGUGACUGUGAUUACUGCAACAUUUAAUCCAUACUUUUAUUGCUUUUCUCCCAACCUAAUCAAUAAUAUUUAGUAAAUUAAAAUGUAAAUCCACAUGUGUUAUACAUGCUACCUGUUAAUAUUUAGAGAACAGUGGUUAUGUUGUUCAUUGUUAUCUUCAGUGAUUGAGUAUGGCUAGGCUUACUGAGUUAGUUGAGAACUGUGUUAUCAUAGAUUGGGAAAGUCAGUUUUGCCAUUGCAGCCGGUGCUAACAAUAGUGUAUUAUGAAAUGUGGGAAUGAAAAAACUGAGUGUUCAUUAAAUCCUGAAGAAAGGGGAAAGCAAUUGUCAAGGGGGGGGUGUAAGUACUAACAGUCACUAACCCAUUUCAACACACCAGUGCAUUUAAGUUGUGCCUUCCUGUAUUCACAUAUUUCUGGACUUUUGCUGUGAUCACCAACAAUGACAGUAGUCCUACUUCCACAAACACAACAAGAAACAGACAGAAACUGUUAGUCAACCCAUGACAAUUCUGAAUACUGACUAACCCAGGCAAAAAUAAAAGAACAGGCCAGGGUAUAAAUAGACUAAAGUAACUGAAAACCAUUCACUUUUCAGAUUAAGCAAUGCAUAUCUCUAGGAGCCAUUUGGAAAGCUCUCUGCAGUCAGACAGGCCCAGGCAAACAGAUACAGAUCAGGGUUUUUUUUUUUUCAAUUAAUGGUAAUGUUGUUCUUUUGUAUAAUUUUUAUUUUUUUAAAUGUUGGGUC